AUGGCAUCAACAUCUUUCACAUCCCAUGCCUUCAUUCAUCUCGCAAUGGUUACUGAAAGAGCGAUCGCUUCGAGACAAAUGAGAACCUACGAAAAAUGCGAUGGUAGAAUCGGAUAUUUCAUGGCUGCACUAUCGGUCAUUUUUGCCCUGUCGGUCGCUCUCUAUAGUAUGCACAAGUACAGCUUCCGUGAUGCAACAUUCUACUGCUCUGCAGCCACACCAACUACAAUGGAUGAUGUGACAUCGACUAGCUAUCUGAUUGUGGUGAUGGAAGCUGUUAUUCUGAUCAUGUUUGUAGUGGUCUACAUAGUGAACAUGAGGAGAGAAAAAAGUGCGCUGUACAACCUAUGCUGUAAGUAUCAAACCAGAGAGAACCUGGUCGUACUUCGGCUGCUUAUGCCGAUGGUCCUCCUCCAUUUUGUGAUUUAUUCUUGCUUCAUGACGGCGUGUGCUAUUGCUGCGUCCAUACGAUACCUCUUCAGUUCUGGAUCCGCGUUCAGAGCCUAUAUAGCAGCUGUUUAU